CCUCCACCUCCAGUUCUAAUAUUCUUGUUGCCCUGCUCAAUUUUAUCUUCUCUUGCGCCGUCGCAAAGCAUUGAGAUUUGAGGGAGAGAUAGAUAGAGUUCAUUCACUUUUCUCCACUGCAAUUUCAUACCUGUAGUAGCGUCUUCAUUUCUCCCCCUCUCUACAUCACUCAUUCUGAAAUCAAAGAUUAGAGAUGGUGGUGUCUGUUUCUAGCUGGAACUCCUACCUUUCAGGUACUCUUCAACUUACAACUGGCAUAAAGUCUCCCACACAGCCAUUUCGAAUUCAUUGCCCCAAUAGGUUCAGUUUCAUAGAGCAUUCUUCUGUUCAACUGACACCUAAGAAAAUAACUAGUGUAAAGAUUGAGCAUACAUCUUUUGUGAGUCAUGAUGUCAAAUGCUAUUCAUAUGUCCAAAGAAAUCAUCAGCACUUGAGAGAUGAUGAUGACAACAACCCAUUUUUCGGGUUCUUAAUGGAGCCGUUCAGGGUAACUAAGACUUUACUGUCAUUUCUGGCUGAACAGCCAAGUCAGCUGAAGUACAUAGAAUGGCCAAGCAUCCAGAGCACGCUGAAGACGGCAAGUCUUGCACUCGUUCUUGUUGUUGUGUUUAUCAUUGCAUUAUCGUCAGUUGAUUCUGCCCUAUGUUUUCUGUUGGCUUUGCUUUCAAGGAGGGCAGCAUGAUUUAGGAGAUGUCUGAUUUCUUGAUUUGUUUCUCAGUGUUGUUGAGAAUGUCUUUGCAUUUCGUGGUGAAUACUAUAUUUCAGGGGGAGACAUCCACAGUUUUGAUGAAAAAUUAGACGGUGGGUUGCGCAAGGGGCUCUUGGUCACACAAGAGCUGUGAAACCUAAGAAUGUAGUUGAUGCAAGAAAUACUGAUGUCUGAGAUGAAUAUGCACCAAUCCAGGAAUGUCAAGCUUGCAACAACAUUCCAAAAUGCACUAUUCAAAAGUUACCUAACCCAGGGAAAGUGAUUGUGGGAAAAACACUGAUUUUUGAAGAUUUGGAUGUAUGACAGUUGGACAUAACUACCACCAGAUGCAAGUUAUUAUGUUUUUUAUAACAAUA